UGAAGUGCAAACUUAAAGCGUUCGAUUGAAAUACAAAGUGAGUUCAGAAUGCAAUAACGGUACACCGUACAGCGAGGAAAUCCCCGACAAUGGAGAAAUGUGCAUGUCGCAGUUGUGUUUGAUCAAGAACAAAAUUACAAUGUUGACAAAUAUAUCCGCGGAAAAUCAAUAGAAUAUCGUUCAAACUUUGUGAAACGGUACCUAUUGAAAUAACAAAAUCUUGCAAAUUGAAGCAAAUAAUCAUACAGCGUUCUUUUAAUCGUCGAUAUUCAGGCAUAUUGGUUAUUUCCAAAUAGGCGGAAAUAAUUUUAUUAUGAUACUAAAUCAGGCGAUAUAGAAUUUUAAAUUACGUGUAUACAAUGUAGGGAAAGUAAUUUAUACGCUGUAGUAACAGAGUGAAAUAAUUGUUGUAGUAAUAUACGCUUCAGUAUUUGGACGAAGGAUUCGCACGUUCUGUCAAAAAAAGAGACACAGAGAUCGCUCAUGUCUUCUGAACAAACAGAACGGUUACAAAUACGCGCGAUUAAAUAGUGCCGGAACUUAAAGUUAUUGAUAAUGUAAAAUAACGGUACAUGCCAUUUACUAUUGCUUAAAGGGGAAUGUUUGAACAUUGGAGUUUGACAGAACUUUACUAUAUAUAGUGUCGCGGAUGUGAAGAAAUAGAUAUAACACUGUGUAAGAUGCGAGAUAGGUAACUCUUUACAAUCUUAAAAGUUAAGUCGUGUAACAGCUUCUUGUAAAGGAAUAUGUAUGUGUUCUGACGCUGUAUGUUUGAUGACGUCAUGUGUUCUGACGUUAAGCAUACGUGCACGGUUUCCAGAAGAUUUAUCGGUGGAUUACUUUGUUUAAGAAGUUUGUUUAAGCAUAGCAUACAUACCAGUAGCUGGAAUCGCCACAUGGGGGAAUCAGGAGACGGUGUGAUGUCGAUGGGUGUGGAAACAGGACCCGUCUUUCCCGGACAGACGGCCAAAAAGGACACUGCGGAGCAUGCGCACAGAAAGUUACCCAGACCGAUAAUGUUCUGGAGCGUAUACGAGAAGACGGCGUACCGCCGGAACCGCGUCGUUCAGACCAGGAUGAACAAGCUGACAAGUGACAUCGCCACGCAGCGUAACAGCGCCCGGAAGUCCAUCCGCUUCGAGGCGCACAAGUUCCGUCAGAAGAGCGGCCAUUUCUACAGCCACCCGUUGAGCAAUACCUCUGGAGACUCACAGUCGAGCGGCAGUAAUAUCGCACCGCCUAACUGGCGACCCCCGAGCGAGCUUACCUCUGGCAUACCCAAUAGCUCUAAGAGUGAGGAUGCAGUCAGUUCGAGCCUGGGUCAGCGGAAAGCUGUUUUGUCUCCGAGGGCGACCAUACCUUCCGUGACGUUCUCUGCGUACCGGAACGUUCAGUGUAUCCAGGACGACUCGAGGAUCGACGAUCUGGGUGUAAAACCGGACGUGUGCUCCUUGGGACUGGGAAAGAACGUGAAGCACAAUCCACUCUUCCGAAGCGUUUCUGCUGUCCAACAUCGGGAGAUUCCGGAUCUGCUCGGUCAGCGUCGCCAGCAUAGCGCGGCUCCGGCAGCGCGGACAUAUGCCAACCUCAGUUCGGGAGAAAAUACACGAGAACUCACAAAUAAUAUUGAUUUCAAAGUGAACUGUUCUAGAACAGCAAGUGACAAUUUUAAUCGCCGAUCCAACGUCUAUUUUGAUCGAGCCAAGGCUGCCUACCAACUCCGACAGGACUUCCAGAGGCGCGCGAGGCAGCGACAGCAGGAAGUGCAAACGGCGUUGUUCACGCUGCAGGACGCGCUGGCCAUAGAGAGAGCGCAGUUCCUGAGGAGCACGGACAGGGUGGCGGACUUCUUGCGGCGAGUGGUAGAGAUACAGCGAGCGGAGCGGCCAGCGGUGACCAAGUACACGAGGGACGCCAUCAUACAACAAAUGCACAUCUGAACACUAGACGAGAUAUGCCAUAUGACAGGAAAAAAUAUCGUGAUUUACUAGCAUAUACAUGUGUUUCAUUCAUGUGUUUGUAAACGGCUUGUCAACGUUAAGCGGAAUUCUUAGUUCUUACUGACGCUGGAGACCUCUCUCCCUGCUGAAACCUGCCGUGCAAGACAAUACCCCGCGCGAAGUCCUCUUUAGCCAUGGUCAUUAUACCAAGUAUACGCCCACGUAAGGCUGUGUCCGCGCAAUGGUUUUAUAUGUAAACCCAUCUGAUUACAGUAUUAUCGUGGGAAAUAUUAUACUCAUUUAUAUUGUCUACAAAAUCUUCAGAGUACAGUUGCCGUUAGUUUUGGCGACUUCACAGUACCCAUUAUAUGCAUGUAGGUUAAUGAAGGGCCUGUUGUAGUUGUUGCAUUCAUACGCUCGACACGAUGUGAACAGCAACAAAGAUCACAGCCAAUCUAGAGAUGUUCGUUGCACGAACAAGAACACGCUUUGGUGGAAGUGAUUGUAGAUGCUUAACUGCUGUGAUAAUUAACACAAUGAUAACCUUAGAAUUACAGAAAAAUAUAAAUGUGGCAGUAAAUAAACAUAUGUGUGUAAAGUGACAAUGAAAACCCAUUUGUACGCACAGAAAAAGUUAUACAAAUAUUAAAAGGUUCCAUAAACAGAACAUUUUUGUAGAUCGGACAACAUUGAUGGUAUUUUUUCCACAUAUUCUUUUUUAUCUUUGUAAUUUGCCUUGUAUUGCAUGUUCACAAAACUUAACUUCGCUUCAUAUAUAAUGAUUGAUUUAUUUCUUUAACUGAAAACGCAUUUUCGUGAUCAAAAAAUAACAUUACUUUAUAUACACGUUAAAAUACUGAUAUGUUUGUAAAUCUCCUGUGAAAGAAAAGAACAAAUCAAUAUGGAAUAUUCCUUAUACGGAACUGUGUACACAUUUAACAGCGUUAUGGAAUUAAUUAUUGUGAUUUCUUUUUACAAAAUUACAAAAUGACCGCGCGUAACAUAACAACGUAUUAUAUAUAUAUAUAUAAUGCUGAAAUAACAUUCAACAUGUAAUAUAUAGAAUAUACAGUUCUGAAGUUCGAAACUGUGAAUGGUUGAAAUACAAGAGACAGUUAAUAAAACAGAUAGUGAUAUUGUUCCAAUUGCUUUAUACCAAAACAAUUUCUGAUCGCCGAUUAAUUCAUUUGAAACAGUGUAUUAUUAGAUGAUAAUGGUGAUAAACAGUGUAUUAUUAGAUGAUAAUGGUGAUAAACAGUGUAUUAUUAGAUGAUAAUGGUGAUAAACAGUGUAUUAUUAGAUGAUAAUGGUGAUAAACAGUGUAUUAUUAGAUGAUAAUGGUGAUAAACAGUGUAUUAUUAGAUGAUAAUGGUGAUAAACAUUAUAAUGGUAUAAAUACAGUUAGAUGAUUAUGAUUGAAACAACUUAAUGACGAAGACGAUGGCGAUAAUGGCGGUGAUGGUUGACUGGUGUUGUUAUUGCUGAUGAUGAUGAUAAAGAAUAAGAUGGUG